AUGGUCAAGCUUAAAAAAGAGCUUGGAAAGCUCGAGUACCUAUCCUUGGUCUCCAAGGUCUGUACCGAGCUGGACAACCAUCUGCAGAUGGAUGAUAAGGACUUAGCAAAGUUCGUGAUCGAGCUCGCCCAUGAGCACCCGAAAUUCGAGUUGUAUCGCCAAAAACUCAUCGAAAACGGCGCCGACUUUUCCGGCGUCCUGAUGCGUUCGAUAUUCGACCUGGUUUAUCGUAUGAAACAGAUCGCCAAAUCCGGCGAUGCUAAAAUGAUCGAGGAUGUCGUGAAGACAGUCGAUCCAAAAAUGGCGGAGAAGCGCUCCAAGUUCAGCGGCUUGGCGAUUCCGGACGAUCCGAGCUUUUCGAAGAAGCUUUUGCAAACGGAAACUGAAGCUGCGGCGGAACCAGAAGCUGAUGUCGAUGAUAUGAUGGCCGCUCUAGAAGGGUUGGCAGCGCCGCCGCAGCAAGAAGAGGAAGAGAUUGCGCAACUUCCGGACGAGCCAUCUUCAAAGUCAUCGUCUCGGAGACGAAGCCGCUCUCGCUCACGAGAAAGAAGGCGGCGUUCCAGAUCGCGGUCAAGAUCACGAGAAGAUCGAACUAAAAGGAGGCGUAGAUCUCGCUCCAGGGACUCACGAAGAAGAAGAUCUAGUAGAUCACGUUCGAGGGAGCGAAAUCGCAGCGGAAGAAACCGAGAGCGAGAGCAACUCGAUAAAGAACCGCAAGUUGGAAAAAUCUAUAGCGGAAAAGUCACUUCUCUAAAGCAUUUCGGCUGCUUCAUCACGCUCGAGGGGUUGAUAAAACCGGUCGAGGGCUUGUGCCAUAUUUCAGAGCUCCGAAAUAACGAGCGAGUGAAUGAAGUAUCAGAUGUUGUUGCCCGCUUCCAGCAGGUCAAGGUCAAAGUCCUGAGCUUUUCUGGAACGCGUACUUCGCUGUCGAUGAAGGACGUGGAUCAAGCAACCGGCGAAGAUCUGAAUCCAGAUCGAUCGGGUCGACUUCUUGCUCGUCCGGAAAUCCCGCAAACCGCGAACUCAUCAUCCGGCGAUUUGCUGAUUCGAAAUCCGGAUAAUCCUCUCCUCGAUCGUAACACCAAAAGCACAGACGAUGGAACCGCUCCUGGGAGGAAUAAAACGGUCGCGAAAUUGUCGGACAUGGAUCGCUGGGAAAUAAAACAGCUGAUUCAAGCGGGAGCGAUCGACGCUUCCGAACUUCCAGAGUGGGACGAGGAUACGGGCUUGAUCUACGAUCCAGAUGCGGAGGAAGACGAGGAUGUGCAAAUCGAUCUGGUCGAGGAUGAACCGCCGUUCUUAGCCGGCCAUACGAAGCAAUCAGUAGAGCUGUCGCCAGUUAGAAUCGUCAAGAACCCCGACGGCUCGCUCUCUCAAGCGGCCAUGAUGCAGACUGCGCUAAGCAAGGAACGAAGAGAGAUGAAAAUGGACCGGAAGAAGAACGAAAAUAACGAAGAAGCGAGCGAUUCGCGCCAGUGGAAUGACCCGAUGAAGAAGGGACAGUCCUUCGACAGGGGCUCCGGGGGACCAAGAAAUCAAGACAUGCCCGAGUGGAAGAAAAAGACCAUGGGCGGCGGCGGAAAGGGCUUCGGAAAGAGAACGAAUUUGACGAUCAAAGAGCAGCGGGAAGGACUGCCUAUAUUCAAGCUUCGAAAACAGCUCCUCCAGGCCGUCGAGGACAAUCAGAUUUUGAUCGUUAUUGGCGAAACUGGCUCCGGAAAGACAACGCAGAUUACGCAAUACCUCGCGGAAGAAGGAUUCUCAACUACUGGAGUUAUUGGUUGUACUCAGCCGAGAAGAGUAGCUGCGAUGUCUGUGGCAAAACGAGUGGCGGAAGAGUGUGGGGUCCAGUUGGGCCAAGAAGUCGGGUACAGCAUUCGAUUCGAAGAUUGCACGAGUCCAGAGACGAAGGUCAAGUACAUGACAGACGGUAUGAUGCUCCGAGAGUGUCUUGUAGACACAGACUUGUCGCGCUACUCCGUGAUUAUGUUGGACGAGGCGCACGAACGGACCAUCCACACAGACGUCAUGUUCGGAUUGCUCAAGAAAGUCAUCAAAAGACGCAAAAAUCUGAAACUGAUCGUGACCUCGGCGACACUCGACGCCGUCAAGUUUUCGUCAUACUUCUUCGAAGCUCCAAUUUUCACUAUUCCUGGUCGCACCUUCCCCGUCGAGAUCAUGUAUACAAAGGAACCAGAAACUGACUACCUCGAUGCCUCGCUAAUCACCGUCAUGCAAAUCCACUUAUCGGAGCCUCCCGGAGACAUUCUUCUCUUCCUCACUGGUCAGGAAGAAAUCGACACGAGCUGCGAAAUCCUCUUCGAACGAAUGAAACAGCUCGGCCCUGACGUUCCAGAACUCAUCAUCCUUCCUGUCUAUUCCGCCCUGCCGUCAGAGAUGCAGACUAGGAUCUUUGAACCGGCCCCGCCGGGGUCAAGAAAGAUCGUCAUCGCUACCAAUAUUGCUGAAACGUCACUGACAAUUGAUGGAAUCUAUUAUGUCGUUGAUCCUGGAUUUGUUAAACAAAAAGUCUACAAUUCUAAGACUGGCAUUGAUCAGCUUUUGGUGACGCCCAUUUCACAGGCACAAGCGAAACAAAGAGCAGGUCGAGCCGGAAGAACUGGUCCUGGCAAGGCUUACAGGCUUUAUACUGAGCGAGCUUACAGAGAUGAAAUGUUGCAAACAAACGUUCCAGAAAUUCAACGAACCAACAUGGCUACGACCGUCCUUUCCCUCAAAGCCAUGGGCAUCAAUGAUUUACUAGCGUUCGACUUCAUGGAUCCCCCUCCGAUGGAAACAUUAAUCACAGCCAUGGAAUCGCUGUAUCAACUCGGGGCGCUGGACGAUGAAGGCUUGCUCACGCGUCUUGGGAGGAGAAUGGCCGAGUUUCCCCUCGACCCAAUGCUUUGUAAAAUGCUGAUUAUGUCCGUUCAAUUGGGCUGCUCCGAUGAGAUUUUAACGAUUGUUUCGAUGUUGAACGUUCAAAACGUCUUCUACCGUCCGAAAGAAAAGCAACAGGUCGCCGAUCAGCGCAAGUCUAAAUUCCAUCAAGCGGAGGGCGAUCACCUUACCCUGCUGACCGUUUAUAACGCUUGGAAGAAUAACAAAUUCUCGAACGCGUGGUGUUUUGAAAACUUCAUUCAAGCCCGAACACUGCGUCGAUCUCAAGAUGUGCGGAAGCAAAUGCUGGGGAUUAUGGACAGACAUAAGCUGGAAUGCGUCUCAGCCGGAAGAAACACUGCCAAAGUUCAGAAAGCUAUUUGCUCGGGAUACUUCCGUCACGCUGCUAAACGAGAUCCACAAGACGGCUACCGUACUUUGGUAGACCAGCAACAGGUCUUCAUCCAUCCCUCUUCCGCCAUGUUCAACCGCCAACCGGACUGGUGCGUUUAUCACGAGCUCGUCCUGACCUCGAAAGAGUACAUGCGAGAAGUGACAGCAAUCGACCCCAAGUGGCUGGUCGAACUCGCCCCGCGAUUCUUCAAGGCGGGCGAUUCAACCAAACUCUCGAUGCAAAAGAAGCAGCAAAAGCUCGAGCCGCUGCACAACAAAUUCGAAGAGCCAAAUGCAUGGCGUAUUUCCAGAGCUUUUGGUCGCCCCGGUCGUCGAUAA